UGAGGAGAAAGGGUGAAUCUCAAGGGGAAGGGUCACCGGUCGAAGAGUGAGCUGACGGCCUGAAGGGUGUGUUGGGAGUCCGGAGAGAGGGUUCGGCGGUCGUAUCUGGGGUUGAGCUUUUUUACCUGCAAAGUGUGUGGAUUUGUGUGUGCCAUGCUUGUGCAUAUUAUCCGGGUGCGGAUUUAGAGUCACAUACGCGAUGUGUUUCUGCCCAGGAUUCUGAAUGCUGAGGCGCGCCAGCCCCGGCUCCUCGCGACAGAUGCCCCGGUGGGGCUCUCAGCAGGGGCACGAGAAAGAAACACCGGCCCCGGCCCCGCAUCUCCCGGGCCGGGCCGGUGCAGGCACAAACCCGUCAGGCAGCAAGUGCUCCAGGGGCUUGCCGGCAUGGGCCGUAGGGGAGCGCCAAAUGGCUACCAAGCGCUUCCUGCCAGCCUUUCUAGACCCUGCAGUACAGGCAGCACCCGGCGUUCUUCACCUUCCCCCGCGGAGACGUCACUCUAGCUACACCUCUCCGCCAGCAGGAGCGCCCAGGCGGUGUGGGUGGCGGCAGGGUGUGCAAACAUCAGGCGUGGGCGGUCUGGCAGCGCCAGGAGUUUGCACGGAGGUGCAGCGAGCGUGUGUGUGUGUGCCUGGCUGGGAAGGAAGGAGAGAGGAGGAGGGCGGGAGAAGGGGAGCCAGCUCUUGGCCCCGGAGUGGCUAUUUUUAGCCGGGCUAUCUGAUUGUUACCGGUGUGCACGCAGCCCGGUGUCUCCCGGGCUCCUUGAAGCCCGGCGGGCUGAGAGGUGGGAGGUCCUUGCUGAUGCCUUCUUCCUGGUGUUGGUUUGGUGUCUGUGGGCGGGAGCUCGCCAGGGGUAGCCUUAAAGGUGCGAGGGCAGCCCUACUCAGGAUCUGUUGCCUCUGUGUGUGACUCUGUGCUCUGCUGGUAAUGUACGUUGUGUAGCCGAUUGCGAUCUCUGGGGACGUGGGCCACCGUUUGCGUGUGUGUCUCGCGUCCGAUCUGUCCUUUGCUGGUUGUCAUAUGCAAUUUAUGCUUGGGAUAUACCUCAUGUGCCUCAGGUGCGCAUGUGUGGGAAUCAACAGGGUGCGUGCUCAAAUAGAGCUGAUACAAAACAUCGUUAGAAGUGUCGGUGUGUGCUUCGUUAGUGUGCAUUUGUGUUUACUCAGACUGUUUUUCUUUACAUGUUCACUUGUGCUAUCUAUCGGGGAUGUUGUAUGUAAUCAAACAAGCGUCACAUGAUCGCAGAGUAGACUUUGGCUGAUUUUACCUGGUAUAUGAAGUUUUUGUUUUGUUUUGUUUUUUAAUUACAUAGUUUAAAAUGUUAUGUUGCAGGGUUUCAAGUAAGGAGGAUGGAGGGAAUAGCUCAAUUCCGUGGGUGGUUUGAUAUCUGUCUUAGUCCUGAAGGAAGGGAGGGAGUCCUAUUGGCUUGUCCUACGUUAAGAUGUAAGAACCCAGAAGUACCAUGGCUUCUGACCUAGAGAGUAGCCUCACCUCCAUAGACUGGCUCCCCCAGCUGACCCUUCGAGCUACCAUUGAGAAGCUUGGGAGUGCCUCCCAGGCUGGGCCUCCAGGUGGCGGCCGCAAGUGCCCGCCGGGCUCACCCACAGAUCCGAAUGCCACCCUGAGCAAAGACGAGGCAGCUGUCCACCAGGAUGGCAAACCACGGUACAGCUAUGCCACCCUCAUCACCUAUGCCAUCAACUCCUCUCCUGCCAAGAAGAUGACCCUCAGCGAGAUUUACCGCUGGAUCUGUGACAACUUCCCCUAUUACAAGAACGCUGGCAUCGGUUGGAAGAAUUCAAUUCGGCACAACCUUUCUCUCAACAAGUGUUUCCGGAAGGUGCCCAGACCUCGGGAUGACCCUGGGAAGGGCUCUUACUGGACGAUCGACACCUGCCCUGACAUCUCCCGGAAGAGAAGACACCCUCCAGAUGAUGAUCUAUCUCAAGACUCGCCAGAACAGGAGGCAAGCAAGAGCCCACGGGGAGGCGUUCCAGGGAGUGGAGAAGCCUCACUGCCUUCCGAGGGGAAUCCUCAGAUGUCCCUUCAGAGCCCCACAUCUAUCACCAGCUACAGCCAGGGCACAGGAUCUGUGGAUGGCGGAGCAGUGGCGGCCGGGGCUCCAGGCCGAGAAAGCGCUGAGGGUCCCCCUCCCCUGUAUAAUACCAACCAUGACUUCAAGUUCUCCUACUCAGAGAUCAAUUUUCAGGAUCUAAGUUGGUCCUUUCGCAACCUCUACAAAUCCAUGCUGGAGAAAUCUUCCUCCUCUCAGCAUGGCUUUUCGUCUCUCCUGGGGGACAUGCCGCCCUCCAACAACUACUACAUGUACCAGCAGCAGCCGCCGCCACCUCAGCAGCAGCAGCAGCCGCCGCCACAGCCGCCACCCCAACAGUCCCAGCCGCAGCAGCAGCAGCAGGCAACGGCCCAGGGCCCCUCGACUGUCGGGGGCGCGCCCCCGCUGCACACCCCGAGUCCGGAUGCUUGUACCCCCCCAGGGGGGAAGCAAGCUGGGGCCGAGGGCUACGGGCCUCCCUCCGUGAUGGCCAUGCACCCACCCCCACUGCAGCACGGAGGCUACCGCCCGCACCAGCACCACCCGCACGCCCAUCCUGCCCAGCCACCGCCUCCGCCGCCACAGCAGGCACCAGGCCAGGCUCCUGUCAAUAGUACUGGCUUCGCCUUUCCUCCUGACUGGUGCUGCAAUAUCGACUCCUUAAAGGAAAGCUUUAAGAUGGUGAAUCGGCUCAACUGGUCCAGCAUUGAACAGUCACAGCUCUCAGAACUGAUGGAGUGUCUGCGACAGGCAGAGCAGAAGAACUGGAGCCUCGACCAGCAUCACAUUGCCAAUCUGUGUGACUCGCUCAACCACUUCCUUACUCAGACUGGUCACGUGCCCCCCCAGGGGGGCUCCCACCGGCCACCAGCCCCUGCCCGUAUCGCUGACUCCUGUGCCCUUACCGGUGGCAAGCAAGAGCCAGCCAUGAACCCAGUGAACUCUUAUGUGCACCCACAAGCCCCCCACCUCUACCCUGGCCCGUCACCAAUGUACCCAAUCCCCACCCAGGACUCAGCAGGAUACAAUCGCCCAGCACACCAUAUGGUCCCUCGGCCACCGGUUCCACCUCCUGGUGCCAGUGAGGAGAUCCCUGAUGACUUCGACUGGGACUUGAUCACUUAGGGCAUCACGGAGUGUGGCCACGAGCCCAAGGCUGGGUGGUGAAGUCUGGCAGUGGGGCAAGAGCAGCCCCAGCCCAUCCCUUCCUCCUUGCCUGUAUAUAGUUAUAUAUUCUCUUUUUUUCUUGCUCUGUCAGAGAAGCCACCGCAAGAUGCUGCCGAAGAUAACCCCCCCCUUUCCUGCCUCCUUCUUCCUCUUUCUUCUUGUUUUUUUCCCCUAAUUCUUUUAUUAUUAUUCUUAUUAUGGUAUUAUUAUUAUUAUUAUUGUUAUUAUUAUUAUUGGUUAUAUGCUGUUCCCAGUCUCCUGUCCCUACUCCACGGACCAUGUCCACCCCUUGCUAAUUUAAAAUCAUCUGGCUGGAAGGGGAGGCCCCGAUGGCUGCAGAGAAGGGUUUCCAACUUUGAUUUACCUUUCUCUUUGAGAAACUCGAUGCUAAUCCCACCUUUUGGCCCUAAAUCGUUUUCCUGUCAGUUCAGUCCAGUCCUAGAGAAGCCACCUUAUCGAGUAAAAGGGAUCUGAAACACUGCUUGGCAGCCGCGAAUUUGCAGGUUUUACUCAAUGGUGCUAAUUUUGUCCUCCGAGCUCUUCCUUGUCCCUUUAUAUCUCCAAUCCUUCCUUCUGCCGAGCCUCACUCCCCAUCAAGGGCAAGAGCGAUGGAGGGUGACGAUAAAAUCCUAGUGGAAUAAGAGGUCUGGGGUGGGCCGAGUCAAGUACUGUAGAGGGGCGAUAGAAUAUAAAACAGUCAGAAAUUGGGUAUAUGCUACUAGAAACUUCCAUUGGCUCGUUCUAGCCCUCUGUCUAUUGGGGAUAGAUUUGGUCUUGGCCGGAACUCUGCUUCUGUGAUAGGGACGAGGACAACCAUUCAGUAUAGGUUGGGCUUUUAGGAGAUGGCUUCAGUUCAACCCUUCUGAGUUUUCAAACAUAAUUUCCUCUGGAAAUCCACUGUGGCUCUUAUUUGCAUUUACAAAUGAUCCUUCAAUCCCUUUUGCCCAUUCGGCAAAUUUUAUUUUGUCCUCCUCCAGCUGUUUGCUCAGUUCCUUCCCUUUUAUUUUUCUUCCCCCAUUUUCUGGAACUCCCAAGAAAGAAAAGUGAGCCAUUCUCGCCCUCUUAGUCUCAUCCUAUGCUAGGACAACAUGGGAAUCUCUUUCCCGCUGAUCAUAGCAGAACCGAACCUUUAGUGGUAGCGGUGGGAGGGUGGGGGAAGGAAAUAGGAGUCGGCAUACACAUGGGUAGGGAAUAUUGCAGUUAUUUAACUAUGUGGGCAAAUAACUUCUCUCAGAAUCCAGAUCACUGGGGCUGAAACUUUUGCGAUUAGGCUUUUGAGGGGUGAAGGAGAUAGGUUGUGGGGAGUACGUAAUCUAGAGGGGAGAGUUUAUGAGGAUCAAAGGAGACUCCCAGAAUAAGGUACGGGGACAACUUCUCUCCAACGAGGAGUGGCCAUGAGUUACUGUUGCAAAGUACUUAAUGUGUACUUAAUGUUAAUUGUUGAAUAUUAGUUAUGAAAGGGAAAAACAAUUUUACUUCUGUUUUCAUUUCCCUGAAUGUUCGCUUUCUGGAAGCUACAGGACAAAAUGUAAGGAAUGGACAAGGCCACUCUCUCUGUGAUUUCUGCUUUUCGUUCACAUUCUUUUAUUUACCGAUGAUUUCCAGGAGAUCUACCUUUCCGCUCCUCGGCUUUUCCCCCUCACCCACCCCUCCCUCUCUUUGUAAGGGGGUUAUACACGAGAGCUUGUUGAAGAAGGCUGAAGCAAAGGGGCAAGAAAGGGCGGUUAACUAAAGAGCACUUUAUUUCUGUGAAGUUCUUUGUAAGAAAUGGGGGUAUGAGUGGCUUGAAUCCCCCGUUGUGUUGGAGGGCAGUCAGUGGGGUUGAAGUAUGACAUAAUAUUUCCCAUUGGGGAAAGGAGAAUUUCUCUCAGAGGGUGGCAAAAUGCCUUUGCCCCGUGUUCCUAUUCUAGGCAUCUGUUCCUUAUUCCUUCCAGUCAAGGUGCCUCCUACAUACACCCUGCCAUCUGUUCUCCCCAAGAUUCCCCCUUUACAAGUGAUGAGUGAUGAUCACUUCUCUUUUCUAAGCCUCUUUUCUACUCAGAUCCACGCAGGAUCUGCGAGGGUAGACUAAAUUGUACAUGUAAAUGUUCCUUGUUUAUAAUUCAUCUGUGUCUUCUGGAAACUAGUCUCAUUAAGGCUCUGGCGGGCAGCUGGAGUAACUGAAAUUUGGGACUAGGGCUGAAGAUCGCCUCUCAGACCUCCUGAGAUUUUUAGCUCCCUUCCAUUGAACUCAGCCUUGCUAAAUGGCACAGGACAAAGCUGACCCUCUUUGGGCCUCAGUUUCCCCUCCCCUCCAUGCAAUGGAAAGAAUACUACUUUUUUUGGAGAGUCCGGCAUUGCUGGGCUCCAAGUAUAGUUGUUGUUGUAUUGGGUGAUGUGUGCAAAACCGCAGGAGCUCACUGCCUACAAGAGGAAAUAGGGGAGAAAUUCGGAGGAGAGGGACAGAAGGAGCAGUUACUUGGUAGAGGUCCACCCAUCCUUGCUUUCCUCUCUUCAACCCCCAUGUUUCUGGUUUGGUGAGUCCUUCAUACCACCCAUAAUGCUUUGCAUUGGUGCAGGCUGGCAAGGGGGUGUUUGGUCUCACAAGUUGUUGUUGUUUUUUGCAUGCUUUCUUAAUAAAAAAAAAAAAAAAAAAAAAAGGAA